GGCCUUCUUUGUUCCCUCCCCGGCGCGCCCAGCCCAGCCGGCAGCGCGGAGCGGAGCUGGCCGGCCCGGGGAUUCCCUUCCCCGCGCUGCCGAGGUCGCCAUCUUCACCCCCUACCAAGCCUCGGACCCUGCCGGCCGGGCUCCCGGCAGCGCGGGAGGGGGCCUGCGCCGUGCCCGCCCGCUGCAUGUGACUGUCGGGCGGUAGAGGCCUCCUCCGCGGAUCUCGUCUGCGUCCUCCUCCGCCCCCAGCGCGGCGGGGAGGGGGCGCGGGGCGCCCGGCAGCGGGGGACGGAGGUGCUGGGGCGCGGCGGGCAGACAAAGGAGCGGGCGCCGCCGUGGGCAGCGGCCUGGAGAACAUAAGGUCCUGCGGCUUUUAACUCUGAAGUUGGAUAUGCAUUAAACUAAUUGGGGAUCUCUUCAGUGAAUAACUUGCUGCUUAAAGAAGGGACUAGAGUAACUGAAGUUGUGAAAUUCAGAAAACUUUUAAACUAAUGGUGAAACAGACAGAACCAAGAAGGUGGAUAUCUUGAGAAAAGGCAAGAGAAUACUUGCUGAAUCCAGAUGUAUCCUGAAAAGUUUGGCUGUGUCCUGAGGAACCAACCAGAAGUGACCAGAGAGCCACCGACUAAGAAUUGAGAUACAUGAAGUGUCUGUCAUAUUUAGUACACAAGCACUGCAAGUUGCUUAUGGUUUUGUCGGCAGCUUUCAGUUUGGGGACCUGAAAUGAACCUGUUCAGCACUUACAGGUUCACAUAACGCUAAGGACCAAAGAAACAUACAUAACAUUUCUGUGGUGCUGAGACCAACCUUCUGAAAGAAGAUUCUAAAAUAACUUUUGGCCUUCGAGUUGUUUGUCCUGAGACUGACUUGUCUUUGGAGAAGAGCUCAACAGAGAAAAGAUUUUCAUAUUGGAACCAUUAUAAAUAAACCUAUUUAAAGAACUUGCUAUCUGGAGACAGAUUUACAGAGGCUGAGUCCUGCUUUUCAUCUGUGUUCCCACUUCAGACUGUAAACAAUGAGUGAGUUUUGGUUGUGUUUCAACUGCUGUAUUGCAGAACAGCCUCAGCCUAAAAGACGACGGCGGAUUGACAGAAGCAUGAUUGGGGAGCCAACAAACUUUGUUCAUACUGCUCAUGUAGGAUCAGGAGACCUGUUCAGUGGAAUGAAUUCGGUCAGCUCAAUUCAGAACCAAAUGCAGUCCAAGGGAGGCUAUGGAGGUGGCAUGUCUGCAAACGUUCAGAUGCAGCUUGUAGAUACAAAGGCAGGAUAACCUUGGGGAUACCUUUCCUGUUUAUGUGAGUUCCUGUAUCUUCUUUCCUGUGUCCCCUCUUUUGCCUUGGUGACUGCUUUCUGUGCUCAUGACGAGAGAAGCGAUGGCUCGUUGUUCACCCUUUGUGAUUGCUCCACUGCAAAGUUGCUGUUCUGCUCUGAUGAUGCCAUUUAUCAGAUUGGUCCAACUGUGCCUUUAGUGGCAUGCACACAUUGGCCUCUACCAGUAUCAUGGACAUAGAGCUGUUUAGGAUUGGUUUUAGCUUUUUGUUUGUGUUAAGGCAAAUUAAAGCACCAACCUUAGCUUUCUUCAUCCCUCACAAAUACUAAUGUGCAACAUUUUGUUGCUCUUUAGUCUUUAAAUCUUUUCUCUGCUCAAGUAAUUUAGAAGUGAGUGAGUUGCCAUUCAUGUCUUCAAUCAUCUAUUGUUCAUACCCAUUUGGGACCUGCAAGCACAAACGAUUAUUUCAUACAGAAUGAGCAGAGUAGAUGACCGCAUGCUUUGUGAGGUUGCUUUUGUAUGGUGGCCUGCUUGGUGCUAGAAGAAAAAAAAUAAUUGCUUACUGCAGACUGGUGAAAAAUUUUGCUGUGGCACCAAGUCAUGCCUGUUUCUGAAAAAGGACUUGUAACUUAGCUGCUUCAGAGUUAUGUCUUUAUUUUAGUUUUUAUCCAACUGGUCUUGAAUAAUAAAGAGAGAGCUUGCAUUCAUGAGGCAUUUGUUGUAAAUGUUCAGUAUAUUUAUUUUGAAAGAGCUGACCUUAAGACUGUAAACCAGUGUAGUACCGUAUCUAAGUGUUGUGGAAGCGCUUUAGUCUAUUUAAAAAAGAAAAGCAUCGUGUUCGGCUGCUUCUUUUUCUUUCUACAAUUUUUUUUUUCAGUUUUAGGCUGUAUGAUCAUUUCCAGUAGCAGCAUGUCAGACUGCCUGCAGUAUUAGCUGAAAAGUUUAGUAGACUUCUCUAAGUAGUUGGCAGUUUCUGUGUACUAAAUAUUUAGGGGCCAUGGAAGUUGCUAAGAGCAACAUACUUAUCUGGCAGAACAGAUGCCAAUGAAAACAACAUACAGGGUGACUUUUUACUAAGUCAGUAAAACGCCUUUUGCUCAGGUUCCAAAGCAUGUUUCUUUCACAUGUUGUGAAAUUGUAUUUUAAUAUUGCACUGUUUUCAGAUUAUCCCUGUAAAUGGUCCCUUUUUUUCCUCCUUGGUGGUGGUUUGAGAGAAGUCAAUGAUUUGAGUCCUGGUUGAGUUAAAUUUUUAUGUGGAAGAAAAACCCAACAUCUAAACAAAUAAGGCAUAACUGAGCCUAGUCAGAUCCAUUUUUUAUACGUAAACACGCAUGUGUUCAGAAAUACAGACUGCUGUCAUAAAUGAUUCUUUAUUCUUUUUCCAUCCUUUCCCUGAUUUCACAUUGCAGUAGCUGUCAGGUUGAUUUUAACAUGUGUGAACCUACCUACUCUUCUCUCUCAGUUUGCAAACAACACACAAAAUACAGGGCCAUGGAGGUAGUUUGCCUUCCCUAAGUUGUAUUCCAGUGGUAGGUGUCAAUUCUCUGGUUGAAUAGUUCAAAUUAGGUUGGAUAGUCUUCACUGAUAAAAGUACUGAUUUGUGACAGAAGAUCAAGAUGUUCAAUUGUCUGGGUGCAUAAACACAUGGCAGUGCAGUGAUACAUUUUUUUUUAGGGGUCAACAUUUCCAAUGCCACUUUAUCAAUGAGUCUUAAAUAUACUCUGAUUACAAAAUUAUUUGAACUUUGUCAUUGGUAAUAGCGGCUUAAAUUUGCUUGCCAAACCUAUCUUGCACUUGUCAAAACGUUUUCAGCUCAAUAGCCAGGAAAAAAAUUUACAUAUUUUUAUAACAGACGUACUUUUUUUGUACAUUGUGUUCAUUCUUGAAUAAAGUCAGUUCAGUGUUGGCUUGUAGAUAUUAAAAGGAAAGUAUUGACUUUGAUUCAAUAAAUGUUUUCUUUCAGU